AUCAUAAAUUCAUUCAGUGGUUCGAAUGUCGAUGUAUGUUUAGUUGAGAUGACGAAUUAAUUCGAAAUGAAGUUUUACAAGUUCCGUUUUUUGAUAUUAUUUCUGUUUGUUCAGUUUUUCACGAGUGAAAUAGAUUGUGCUAAGGACUAUUCAGAAAUAAUUUCGCCCAAUGGGAAUUUCAUCAUUCGUUCUGCGCAAGACAGAAAUAUUUCAUUCGAAACCGAUGCACAAUGUGGAGUUUUCAUCAGAAAAGCCAAUUUCGAAAAUGCUGUUUCAACGAUCAAUAGGGUGGACCAAGUCAUGGAGGACUAUAAAACAGUCCUUUCAACAAAUUCGUUCCGUUUGUUAAUAUUGCGAGCCGGGAUUUACAAUUAUAUCCCGAAAAUUUGGUUGAUGGAAGCUAAAUUGAAAAAAUAUAAUGUUUCAACCUCUAAUCCGAAUUUGGCUGAUAAUCUCAAGGAAGAAAUUUCAGAUUUGAGAACUUCCGUAGGGAAACUGAAAUCUUUACUUUCAAAAAAUGAGUGUGCUAAAAGUCCUUGUAAACAUGGUGGUAUAUGCCAAGAUCUUUUUAACGGUUUCCACUGUACAUGUUCAGAUGGUUGGGAGGGCAUCACUUGCGAAAAAGAUGUCGAUGAAUGUGUUUCAUUCAAUUCUACGGAUUUGGGAUGCCAAAAUGGUGGUAUAUGUCGCAACAAGCCAGGAACUUACGAAUGUAUAUGUACAAACGGAUGGCAUGGUCUGCAUUGCACAACAAAAACUACUGACUGCUUCUCAGCCUCUGCAUCUGAAAUAUGUGGACAUGGAAUUUGUAUACCCCAAUAUAACGAAAUUGGUAGGAGAUGUCUUUGUGAUCAGGGAUGGAAAAAUGAAAGAGAAAGUGGAGUCUGCACUGAAGAUAUCGAUGAAUGUAAGGAUGAAAAUCCAGCAUGCUCGAAAGAUCCUCUUGUUUCCUGUGAAAAUACCCCAGGAUCUUUCAGAUGUGGACCUUGUCCUGCUGGUUAUACCGGAAAUGGUCAGUAUUGUGCAGAUAUCAAUGAGUGUGAACUCUUCAAUGGUGGUUGCAGCAUGAACCCAAUGGUUGAAUGUAUAAACACACCUGGUUCAAGAAAAUGUGGUGCUUGCCCACCAGGUUAUAGUGGCGAUGGAUCUACCUGUACCUAUCAAGGGAUCUGCAAGACUAAUAACGGAAACUGUAAUCCUCUAGCUACAUGUGUUGGGUAUCCAAGCAUUUCUCAGUCGUAUGCAGAGUGUAGAUGUCCCCCAGGAUAUACUGGAAAUGGAUAUGGACCUAGAGGAUGCUUACCUCCUUCAAUGUCCCCAUGCUCUGCAAAUCCUUGCAAAUUUGGCACAUGCAUGCUUGCGUCGAAUGAAAUAGAAGGGUUUAGGUGUAUAUGCCAGGGCAACUACUUUGGAAAAUAUUGCAAUGAAACAGUCGGCCUGUGUUUCAGUAAUCCAUGUAAAAACGAUGGAAUAUGUGUGAAUAACAAUUCCACGUCAUAUUCAUGCAUAUGUCCUGAAAUUUACACAGGAAAAAAUUGCGAAAAUCCUGCUCGAGAGUGUGGUGAUCUAGGAUUUAAAGAAAGCGGAAGAUUGGAAUAUCCAAGAGGCUUUUCUCGCCUAAUUUGUUACUGGAGUAUUCGCACUGAAGAGAACAAAGUCUUCAACAUUUCUUUUUCGCAAUUUGAUGUUGGGACAGAUGAUGAUGAUUGUACCACUGAAUGGUUUCAGAUAACUGAGGACACUGGAGAGGAAAGGAAGACUCUUGGAAAGUUUUGCGGAAAAAAAUUGCCUAACAACGGUAGAAUAUUGAGUACUACGAAUGAAAUCACCAUCCAUUACAAGGCUAACACUAGACUCUCUCAUUUCAGUAUCGAAUGGAAAUCUGUUCAACCACCAUGCCAUCAAAUACUCAAUCUAACCAAGGACAACACUGGUAGUAUAAAAUCUCCCAAUUGGCCAAAUAAUUAUCCCAUCAACAGGGAUUGCAUCUGGUUACUGCAGGCACCGCCAGGAAGAUCGAUUAAGUUGACCUUCUUCAGUUUUGAGAUCGGAAAUGAUACAGACUGCUCUGGAGACUUUUUGAAAGUUUCCUCAUCAUUCGUUGAAGGGAAAUCGAUACUGGACAAAAAAUGUGGAGGACCAACACCAGAGCAGAUGAUAUCUGAAGGACCUGAAAUGCGCAUACAUUUCCACUCCGAUAAAAAAAAUACUCACCGUGGUUUUCAGAUUAACUAUUCUCUUCAGCCAGCAUGUGGAAUGACGCUCAAGGAUCCUAGUGGAACUAUUGUUUCACCUAAUGUCACCAAAGAUCUUAUUUGCUUCUAUCAAAUACGACAUGACCUCGAAUUGAAAACGAGAUUAAUUUUCAACACCUUAUCUCUUGACCUGAGUGUAGGAUGUACUGGAGGAUAUGUUGAGUUAUAUGAAGGAUAUAACACCAGUGGUCCUUUAAUAGGCAGAUAUUGUGGAACUACUGAACCAUCCCCAAUUAUCUCUAACAGCGGUGUUAUUUCUAUCAAGUAUAAAAAAAAUAGAGCUUCAUCGUAUUUCUCUUUGAAAUAUGAAGCAGUUUGUGAAGAGAUUUUCGAAGCAAAAAGUGGACUUAUCCAUUCAUUCAAGUACCCAAGACUUAUGCCCGUUGGAUUGACUUGUGCCUAUUUGAUCAAACAACAGGAUCCAGAAGCCUUGAUAACUUUGACAGUCGAUUCUGAUCUUCAGGACUUUUUAUAUUAUGAUGAUUGUGAGACUUCGUUCUUAGAGGUACGAGAUGGAGAUAACGCAAAUGCUCCAAUAUUGGAAAGUUUAUCCGAUCAUGAUUAUGAUGAUAUAACAUAUUUUUCCAGUAGUAACUCAUUAUGGAUUGGAGUAAAUGCUUCUUCUACUGAUUGUGUAUCGAAUUUCAUACUGAACUAUACAACAGCAGCUUCAGGUUGUACUUACAUCUUGAGGAAUCAGACAGGCUCCAUCACAUUUAACAUAGAAAGAAGACACAAGAAAAACUGCAGGUGGGUUUUGCAAGCUCCUGCUGGAUUCUUCAUACAAAUAUACGUGUCCAUAUUCGACUUCUUCGAGAGCAAUGAGUGCAUAUUGAGUAAUUUAAAUAUAUACGAGAACAUCUCGAACUCCAAAGAUGCCAAAUUCAUGAGUUCUUUCUGUGGAAGACAUAUUCCAUCCCAGAUUCUGAUACCUUCGAAUUUAGCAUCCAUUGUUGUGAAUAGUGGAAAUGUGAACAAGGAACAGACAUUUUCUGCCCAUUAUGUCUAUCUCAAUGAAAGUAAAGUUUGUGGAGGUAACUUAUUUAGUAGAUCUGGAACAAUAAGAUCACCGCAAUAUCCACGCCCUUAUCCAGCAUCAUCUGAUUGCACCUGGACAAUAACUGUGGCUAGCCAAAAACAAAUUGAACUUACAACACAAUUGUUCAGGGUGAGAAAACCUUGUUCCAUGGAAUAUCUUGAAAUAAGGAAUGGAGGAUCCCCAUUUUCCCCCCUUAUUGGCAGAUUUUGUGGUUCAAACAUACCUAAAACCAUUCGCUCUCAUACAAAUCAACUUUAUUUGCAUCUCCUUUCUACAUCGUUCAUUUCGUUGGAUUCGUCCAAAUUCAUGUUCACUUGGGAAACAGCCACUACAGGAUGCGGUGGUACUCUAACAUCCGCUGUUGGAGCUGUAGCAUCUCCAAAUUAUCCAGAACCAUACAACGCACUUGCAAAUUGUCAAUGGAGUAUAAUUGUCAGUCAAGGUUCGAGGGCUCAAAUUAGCUUCUUGGACAUGGAACUUGAAUCUAUGAAGUUCUUCAAACAUUGCAGUCUGGAUUAUUUAGAGAUUUUCGAUGGAUCGUCGAAAGAUAGGAAAUCAUUGGGAAGAUUUUGUGGCACAACAUUGCCUCAUACGUUGCUAUCGAGCGGUAGACGACUAGAUUUAUAUUUCAAAUCUGAUAUGAGUGCCUCAGGAAGAGGCUUCAACCUUCAUUACAGAACCAUUUGUUCCAAUAAUUUUACCGGAUAUGGCGGUGUCAUAGAAAGUCCAAAUUUCCCCGAACAUUAUCCACAAGUGCAAGAAUGUACCUGGCACAUCAAAGUCACUAAAAAAAAUACAGUCAACAUAACCUUCUCUCAUUUCGAUUUGGAGGAGAAACGUUUCCACCAAUUUCCAUUCUAUUCGUUACGUCAAGGAACUCAUCUCAAUUACUUGAAGGUUAUGUACGUGAAUACUGAUGGAACAGAUCAAGUUGUCGACUUCAAAUCGUUGAAUGGGUCAGUUAUUCCAGAGACCCUGACAGUACCAUCGGACCAUGUUGUGAUUUAUUUCAAGUCCGAGACAAAUUUGAUUGGGAAUGGUUUUCGUUUAGAAUGGUUGUUGAAUGGUUGUGGAGGACGUCUGAAUAAACCCGGCACUAUCAACUCUCCCAACUAUCCAAAAAAAUAUCCAGAUGACAUAGAAUGUGAAUGGUUGAUAGAAGCACCAAUUGGCCACAGCGUUGUUAUCAAGUUCACUUUCGUUGAUGUUGAAAAACAGAAUUACUGUCCAUAUGACGUCAUUAAAGUGUUCAAUGGACCUGACUCAAGCUACCCUCUUCUGGGUUCCUUAUGCCAUAUGGAUAAUAAAGUUAAGUUCACAACCAAUGGGAAUUUCAUGCACGUUAGCUUCUUUAGUGAUUCUACUUAUGCUGGCAAAGGAUUUUCCGCCGACUUCAAGUUCAUCGACUCUAAAUGUGGUGGCCAAUUAUCUGCUUCCUCUGGUAGUAUAUCAUCUCCAAACUACCCUAAGAACUUCAAUCUUGGAGACCUCUGCGAAUGGCAGAUAUCGGUUGAAGAAAAUCACGUGAUCAACCUGAAAUUUGAAACUUUAGACCUGGUAGAAUCAACAAACUGUACCAUAAACAAUAUUAGAAUAUAUGAUGGGCCAACUACCAAAUCAGCACUACUAGCCAAAAUUUGUGAUGAUACAUAUAUAAACAACCGCACUUUGACGUCCACCACCAAUCAAAUGAUGGUUGUGUUCGAAUCUAAGACACAAAAGAAUGCCGAUUCAUCUGCGUUAACCAGCCAAGGUUUCAAAGCAAUUUAUAGCAAGGCAUGUGGAGCACGAAUUAUAGCAAGUGAUAUUAGUGGAACUUUAAAACUAAAUCCAUUUUCAAUGUCUCAUUCCAACUUGGACACCAAUUGCGCUUGGACAAUAAUAGCUCCAAGAACAGAUCAAAGAGUUGCUCUCACCGUCACCCAUCUACAUAUGCAAACAGAAGACGAAGAUUCUCACACUGGGUUAACUGUAUACGGAGGAGAAACAUCAAAUUCACCCUUAAUUGGAGAAUAUUUAACAAAUAAGGUACCCCCUACUAUAGUCAGUGGUGGUUCAGCUCUUCAUGUUGAAGUAACUCAAGAUGUUGACUUCUUCGCUAUAUAUAAUAUAUUUGGAGCUAAUUGUGGAGGUACUUUAACUGCUUUAAACGGUAUGUUCUCUCCCAUUGGUAGUUCUUGUGAAUGGAUUAUACAAGUGGCAGAAGGCAAUGAAAUCAGUGUUUCUUUCAAAAAUUUCAAUAUACCAGUCUCUGAGAAAUGUGGCCUGGAUUAUUUAGAAAUAAGGGAAGUUAAUGCCACUGGGAAGUUGCGGGGAAUAUAUUGUGGAGAUAAAAAACCAGGUGAAUUAACACACCAAGGCAGUUUGUGGUUUUACUUCAGAACAGAAAGGAAUAAUAACACCUAUAAGUCGAGUAACGUUGGUUUUCUGGCAGAAUACGCAACAAGUACUAGUGUCACCUUACAUGGUUAUAGAGGAAGAAUUGCUUCACCACAAUAUCCAAAUAGUUUUUCCAGCUUAGUUCCUUUCACAUGGAAAAUUCGUUCACCUUUCAAUUCUAGAGUAAUGCUGGAAUUCGAAGAUUUUCAGACCGAAAAUUUUGCAGAUGAUUACUGCUUAUCCCCAUCACUCAGGGUCUUCGAUGGAGGGAAUAGUGAAGCACCUGAAUUAGGGAACUUUUGUGGCCACAAUAAGCCAGAUCCUUUGGAAUCGUCCUCGAAUAGUCUUUUCAUAGAAGCCUUAAUGGAUUCAUCUCGACUAGACAACAAGUUUCUCCUAAAAUGGACAAUAGUCUAUUUUCCAAAGCGACCAAAAAUCAAUAAGACGUGCGGUUUAGAAGAAAUAAUCGACAUAAGAAACAUACACAAAUUCAAUUUAACGUCGCCUGGUUAUCCAAAUGGCUAUGCCCCUAAUCUUCGAUGUGAGUGGACUUUCCGAACGGACAGUGCAAACAGUUUGCGUUUCAAAGCUGAGACGGUCAUCCUUGGAUACUCCAGUUUUUGCUUCCAGGAUUAUAUCAAGUUGACUUCUGAGAAUCUGAACAAGAAGAUUUGUCACCGUGUUCAUGUUGGUUCUUACAAUGCGUCCAAUACUCUGAAAGUAGCAUUCAUCACAAAUUCUUACUACAACGGAUCAGGAUUUUCAGCAGAAAUAACUGAAGCUUGUGGCGGAGUUCUAAAGGAAGCUUCAGGUGUCAUAUCUUUCGAUCCAACUUCUCCAAGAGACUGGACGUGUAAAUGGCAAAUCAAUGUGAAAUCUGGACGGAGAAUAAGUUUGGAAUUUUUGAAGUUCAGCACAAAUUCGAGUAGCAGAUGUGACAAUUUCAUCACGUUGAAAAAUGGCAUUGACUCCUCAUCUCCUAAUUUAGGAGAUGGAAAAUACUGCGACCAACCCCCAAUACUCAAAACCACCAGUAAUAAUUUAUAUAUAGAGUUCAGCGGGAAUCCAAAUAAAACUGAGUUCAAAGCCGUCUACAGGGAAGUUUUAUACGAUUGUGGAGGCUCUUUGACUUUGAAUGAAAAGAUGAAAAGUGUACAAAUAAUGUCUCCAAAUCAUCCUAAACAGUCAGAACCUUUCAUAGAAUGUGUCUGGGUGAUACAAUCACCACCUGACACAUAUUUGCAAGUUGAUUUCAUUGGAAAAUUCGAUUUCCAUCAACACCCAGGAUGUAGCAUAGAAGCUGUAGAACUUAGGGAUGGUGGCACACAUUUAUCACCCUUGAUUGAUACGUUCUGUGACUCAUCACCAAAUACACAGCAAACCACUGAUAACAUUUUGUUUGUGAAAUAUUUCACUAAUGCUAAAGAACCUGGUGAUGGUUUUCUUGCCAAUGUAGCUAUAGCCUCUUGUGGUGGUACAUUCAAAAGUGCAACAGGUGAAAUAAAUUGGAGUUGGUCACCAAGAACACCAAAGACAAGUCCAAACUGUACUUGGAACAUCAUUGCUCCUAGUUAUGAGUCACUGACUAUAGAUAUUGCUUUCGAAGGAUUUACAAUGAAUUACUUCGCCUGUAUGACCAAUGGGAACUUCCGUGUUUAUGAAAUCAUUGAAAUACCUAAUUUUCCCAAAACAAAGCUGCUGGGCAAUAUGUGUGACUCAUCUAAGACGAAAAAAUUUACAACCAUGGGCAAUCGUGCUGUUAUUGAGUACACUGAUAUAAUGAGAAACUCAAAAUAUCAACAUGCGAUAAGUAUUUCUAUAAAAUAUAAAACCAGUGGAAAAGAUUGUAACUACGUUAGUAACACUGAGUUUGGAGAGAUAAAAUCACCAGGCUACCCUAACUUGAAUUACUUCAAAGGAUUUUGCGUUUGGACAAUCACUGUGCCUAAAGGUAGAAGAAUAACACUGAACAUCACUGAUUUCGAUCUAGAAAAAUAUUCUGCUACAUCUAAAGAUGGUCAGUCUUUAGUAUUUCUCGAUUAUGGAGAAUAUUUCAUGGAUGAAUUUUAUUACAAUUCAACAAAGAGGAUAUACAAGUCUAGCGGCAACAUACUGGAAAUCAUAUUCUUGAGCGAUCAAUCCACGAACCAUCGAGGAUUUUCUGCUCGUUAUACAUCUGACGAAGAAACAGUGUGUACCCAAGACUUUUCUGGUCAACGUGGAAGCAUUACUAAGCUACCUGGCGAUGCAAGAUAUGUAUGUAUCUACAAAUACGAUCAGAAGAUGCCUAUAAACCAAACGUUGGCUCUAACCAUAAACUCUACAUUGCUCUAUAAAGCGAGUCCUAAAAUGACACUUUUCUAUAGAUCUUCUGUAAAUGUUAAAACAGAGGCUUAUGGUGAAUACACAUUUGGAGAAACACUUUUCUCUUGUAAAAGACCUCUUAUACAACCUGCCAUCGUGAGAGCUGUAUAUCCUGAGAUAUUCCUAGAGAUUCAAAUGAAGGGAAGCGAAGGAAAUUUCUCCUUGGAUUAUGUCCGUUAUCCUUGCGGUGGAUUCAUUCAAAACGAUACUGGUGUUAUCAACUCUCCUGGUUUUCCCAACACAUACAAGAAACCGUUGGAAUGCGCUUGGGUUAUAGAACUACCAGAUGCAUAUCGUAUAAAACUGAACUUCCUAUCUGUGAAUUUGGGUGAAGAUUGCGAGAAAAGCUAUAUCGACGUUUAUAAUGGAAAAUAUUCAAUAUCCCCGAAGAUAGGCAGAUUGUGCAACACCAAUAAUCCAGGUUUGAUAGUAUCUCAGGGAAAUAACUUACUGAUAGAGUACCAUCAUGAUGGAAGUUCUUCUGGUGUUGGUUUCAAUGCUUCGUAUGGAACAUUCACUGAAGCUUGUGGAGGGGUUGUUACUGAUAGGUACCAGUUCAUUGAAACACCAAACUACCCCAAUAACUACCCCAUCAAUGCUGAAUGCCGCUGGACUAUAGUUGCACCAGAGGGUAGCCAUAUGUCACUACACUCCGUUGGACGCUUCCAACUUGAGGAAUCUGACGCUUGCAAGAACGAUUAUGUUGAGAUAUUCGACUGGAAGAAUGAAACAUGGUCGAGCGUCAAGAAGUAUUGUGGGCGACAAUUCAAGCAAGUUACCUCAAGUGGAAAUAAACUGCUUGUUGUCUUCAGGAGUAACGAUAAAAUUAGCGGAGCUGGUUUUCAGUUCAAGUGGCGCAUGAAAUGUGGUGGAAGCUUCAGGGCAACAACCGAAAAAAAAUAUAUCACCAGUCCAGGUUACCCGAAUAAGUAUGAGAACGAUUUAGCUUGCACUUACUUUAUUUAUGGAAAGAACAAACUACUUGUCGAAUUCGAAGAUUUUGCCUUGGAAGGGGACUAUCCAACGUGCAGGAAUGAUAAUGUUACCUUUACAUCGAGCCCAAAACAGACAUAUUGUGGACACACGAAACCUCCAGCAAUCAAUGCUCGUUUCGCCGUUUUUAUCACAUUUAAAAGUGAUGUUUGGAUUUCGGAUAGCGGAUUCAAGUUUUCUUUCAGAACGAACGAUUGUGGAGAAAACAUAAAGGAGCCUACAAUAAUCAACUCUCCUAUGUUUCCAAUAACCCCAUAUGUCAUCAGAGAUAUAUGUCUUUGGAAUAUAACUGCACCCAAAAAUAAAGUGAUAAUGAUGAAAUUUACAAACUACUCCGAAGUUUCUUCAUAUUCGUCAUGUUUGGGCAAUGGAUUAGACAUAUACGAUGGUCCAAAUUUCGAAAAUCGCUUGAACAAAAUAUGCGACGCCCAAAACAUGCAGAUACCAGUUAUAACCUCAUCGGGCAAUAUGGCUUUGAUUUCAUUAGAGAGGACAGAAAGAACAAAGACUUCAUUUACAGCCGAGAUUCUAUUCACACCAGGCCCAGCAGAUGGUUGUGGUGGUACUUUUGCACUGAAUCAAACGAAAGUGAUUCAGCCACCUAAGAAUUUCACGAAUGCAGAUUGUCAAUGGAAAUUCGAAGCACAAGAAGGUUAUAAAGUAGAGUUCAGAAUUGAGUCCUUGAAGCUACCAGAAGGCUGUAGCCAGUCUAGAGGACACGGAAAGAAAAAUUGCACUUGUAGUUACAUUGAGAUAAGAGAUGGAACUGGACCGUUUUCAGAAGAAAUAGACCAAUUUUGCAGUAAUUCCACAAGUUAUAGUCAAGUGUAUACAACCUCUUGGAAAUUUGGCUUUUUAAGAUUUUACACAGAAACAGAAUACCUGGAAAAUGCGUUCAAAAUAACUAUUAAGCCAGUUGCAGAUAUAUGCGGCCCUCGCAAUUAUUGGGCCAAUAAAUCCAUUCAAACACUCACUUCACCUGGAUAUCCUUUAGCAUAUAAGCCGAACAUACAAUGUCGAUGGGUUAUCAAGAAUCCAAAUCAUUACAGACAGAAGAUAGUCGUCCGUUUCACAGAAUUCGAUCUUACUAAUUCUACAGAACAUGAAGAUAAAAACUUAUGUUCUGGAGAUAGACUUGAAAUUGAUGACAUCGAUGAAUCGAUCAGGUCUCACCGUGAAACCAUGCGUAAACAGAUUUCUAAAAAAUCGAGUGGCUCUACAUUUGAACUCGGCAAUGGUGAAAUAAUGCAAUUCUGCGGUAAACAAUUGAAAGUAUCCACUAUACGCGUCAGCAGAAUGAAUAUGUAUAUUAAAUUUAUCAGCACAUCUGAACUUAACAAGGGGAAGGGUUUCAAGAUAGAAUAUUCUCUGUCUGAAUGUUCGAAUAAUUUCACCCAAAAUUCUGGAUCUAUAUAUGCAGCUCAAGAUAAUGAAAAAGACUGUAUGAUGUAUAUUACAUCCUCUGAAAACACAACAUUAUCUUUGUAUUUCGAUACAUUUUGGCAGGGCUAUCGAAAUAACUGUUCAUCUGCAGCUUUGCAAGUAUAUGAUGGGCAUUCUAAACAAUCGCCAAAAUUGUUGAAUUAUUGUGGUACAGUAUUGCCGAGUCCAGUGUUCUCUAGUACCAAUAAGAUGUUGAUUAUUUUAUCAAGUCAGCAAGCUUAUUCUCACUCUACGUUGGGUGCUACGUUUUUGGCUUCUUCUGAUGGAAAAGGAUGUGGUGGUACAAUUUUCGACCAGUCAGGCACCAUUAGUAGUCCUAUGUACCCGAAUAAGUACACUAAUGACACUAUUUGCACUUGGGAGUUGAGCGUACCCAUAGGAGCACAAAUAAGUGCCAAUUUCAGGAGUUUCGAAAUAAAUGGACCAUGCGAAACAAAUUAUUUGAAAGUGAUUACAUACGAAAAUGGAAAGUCGAACGAAAGAACUUUCUGCUCAAGGGACCGUAUUGCACAAUUGACUUCCGCCAAUAAAAUGACUAUAACUUAUAAAUCAUCCGUGUUUAAUACAGGAACAGGAUGGUUAAUGAAAUUCAGGAGAUCUGCGAAAAUAAUGCUAUGGGAUCGGCCCACACCAAUUCGUCCUUUUUAUACAGGAAGAUUUGGGAGCUAUGGAUCAUUCCCACGUUAUGGGUGAUAUGUCAGAACCUUUUUAAUUAUGAUAAUUAAAAGUUUACAACAUCAA